CCUGACUGUGGACCCUGACAAGCGGAUCAAGAUGUGUGGUCUGAGGUACAACGCCUGGCUCCAAGACGACAGCCAGCUCUCCUCCAACCCUCUGAUGACACCUGACAUCCUGGGUUCUUCCACCACCGUGUCUGUACACACCUACGUCAAGGCUACCUUCAAUGCGUUUAACAAGUGUACGCGGGAGGGUUUCCGUCUGCAGACGGUGGACAAGGCCCCGCUGGCCAAGAGGAGGAAGUUGAAGAAGACCAGCACCAGCACAGAGACCAGGAGCAGCUCCGGAGAGAGCACCCGCUCCUCCUCCUCCUCCUCUCAGUCCCACCCGGACACCCGCUCCUCCUCCUCCUCCUCCCAGUCGCACCAGGACACCCGCUCAUCCUUCUCCACCUCUUCCUCCUCCUCCUCCAGCUUGUCUCACCACAACACCCACUCCUCAUUUUCCUUCUCCCAGUCUCACCAGGACACCCUCUUCUCCUCCUCCUCCCUGUCCCACCAGGACACCCUCUUCUCCUCCUCCUCCCUGUCCCACCAGGACACCCUCUUCUCCUCCACCCUGUCCCACCAGGACACCCACUCCUCCACCACCACCCCUGUCACCACACCCCUCUCCAUGGGCUCAGACAACGACCCCGCCCCGGAACGCUCGCCGCCUCCAGCCUUCUACUUCUCAGACUGA